CACACAUCGAUUCAUUCUUUCCCUCUUUCCCUCUCGUCUGUCGCUAUCGCACCCUCCUCCACGAUUACCCUUGAUCUCCCUAGCAAAAUUCACCUGCGAUCACUCUACUCAUCCAAUUAUGCUAUCGCCGUGCCGAACGUGAUUCCUCACCGCGAACUGCGACUAUAGAGGCUCUGAACCUUUGCGACGCACAUCGAGCGCGCUCUCCCAGCCAUGGACGCCAACCACGCCCUCCUCCAGACACGUCAAAGUGUUAAUCAAAACAACGACCAAAACAUUGGUUCUGCGCUCAACAGCUCACCCUCUCUAUCAGGCCUGAUCUCGACACUGGUCCCCACGCUCAUCAUCGCCGUGGUGUACUUUGCGCUCUUCGUCGUCUUGCGAUCCCGAUUUCCUAGACAAUAUGCGCCUCGAACGUAUCUGGGUGCCUUGCGCCCUCAAGAACGAACGCCGGUGCCGCCGAAUACACUCUUUGGAUGGAUUCCGUUUAUGAGAAAGCUCCCCGACGAAUACGUUCUUCAACACAACUCCCUCGAUGGCUAUUUCCUCCUGCGAUACCUCAAGAUGUCCAUUAUAAUCUGCUUCGUGGGAUGCUGUAUCACAUGGCCGGUUUUGUUCCCGGUCAAUGCAACCGGCGGUGGUGGUCAAAAGCAGCUCAAUGUGCUGAGCUUCAGCAAUGUCCAGGAUAAGAAUCGUUACUUUGCCCACGUUUUUGUGGCUUGGAUCUUCAUCGGAUUCAUCUUCUUCCUGGUCACUCGGGAGCUCAUCUACUAUAUCAACUUGAGACAGGCCUACCUCCUGUCGCCCUUGUACGCUUCCCGGAUCUCUUCCCGCACCGUCCUAUUUCAGUCAGUUCCGCCCAAGUUUGCGGACGAAGCCCGAAUCCGUAGAAUGUUCGGCGAUGAGCUCAAAAAUGUAUGGAUUGCCUCCAACGCCAAAGAACUGGACGAGAUGGUCUCGGACCGUUACAAGCUCUGCAUCAAACUCGAGACAGCCGUGACCAAGCUGAUAAAGCUCGCAAACGAUGCCCGUCUAAAAUCACUCAAGGGAAAAGAUCCAGCGCCUGAAAGGCCGACUUACGACGAGGAGGAGUAUGGCGAAGAGUCAGGCUCAGCGGCGGCUCGUUGGGUUAGACCCAAGGAUCGUCCCACCCACCGUCUCAAACCAUUGAUCGGCAAAAAGGUUGAUACCAUCAAUUAUUGCCGCGAGGAGAUUGGUAGACUGAAUCCAUUGAUCGAAGCCGAACAGGACAAGUACCGGUCAGGCGAAUCCAAGGCUAGAAAUGCAGUCUUUGUCGAAUUCUGGAACCAGACUCAAGCACAGAAGGCCUUCCAGAUGGUCACUCACCACCAGCCCUUGCAUAUGUCGCCUCGUGUCGUGGGCCUCAGUCCUGAAGAAAUUGUUUGGUCAAACUUAGGUAUUACCUGGAAGACGCGCACUAUCCGGAAUAUCGUAUCCCUGGCUGUCGUUGUUGCACUGAUCAUCUUCUGGUCUAUCCCCGUUGCUUUUGUCGGUUCCAUCUCCCAGAUAUCUUAUCUCACAGAAGUCGCCCCGUUUCUGAAGUUUAUCAACAACUGUCCAAAGGUCAUUCUUGGUGUGAUCACAAAUCUCCUCCCUACUAUCAUGCUUUCGCUGCUCAUGUCUCUUGUGCCUGUCAUAAUGAGAUUCAUGGGGAAGAUAGCAGGAAAGCCUACCCUCUCACUGAUCGAACUACGAUGCCACGAAUCAUUCUUUUGGUUCGAAGUUAUUCAAGUUUUCCUGGUGACCACCAUGACUUCUGCUGCCAGCGCUGCAGUACCACAGGUUAUCCACGAACCUGGGACCAUAACCACAAUUCUUGCAAAAAAUCUCCCCCUAGCUGCCAACUUCUAUAUCUCCUACUUCAUCCUCCAGGGAUUGGUCUUCUCGUCUGGCCAACUUUUGCAGAUCGUAGGUCUGAUCCUCUACAACGCCGUGUCCAAAGUACUCGAUAAAACACCACGGAAAAUGUACGACAGAUGGUCCAGCUUGUCAUCAGUCAGCUGGGGAGAUAUUUUCCCUGUGCUCGAAAUGAUGACCGUGAUCUCUAUCACAUAUUCUCCCAUAGCACCAUUGAUGAUGGGCUUUGCGACAAUCGGACUGGGACUGUUCUACUUUGCAUACCGAUAUAGUCUACUGUUUGUUGACAGCUCAGUCAUCGAUACCAAAGGUCUCGUCUAUCCAAAGGCUCUACAGCAUACUCUGGUUGGCUGUUAUUUGGCAGUAAUCUGUAUGAUUGGUUUACUCGGUAUACGAGCCGCUCCCGCUCCGUUGGUGCUGAUGAUCAUUCUUCUGGUUGUCAUGGUUCUCUACCACAUUUCGCUGGCAUCCGCCGUCAAGCCUCUACUACACUACCUGCCACGCUCUCUCGAAGACGAAGAAGCUGCACUCCUCGAGGAAAACGAUACAAGUGGACUGUCAUCGGAUGCCCGAGGAAAGAAUAGUGUAUCCGAGAAGAACCCCAUCGACGAGUUGCGACAAACAAAAGAAAGCAUGCGUACAACUGGCGACCAAGAGACGGUCCCGAUGUGGAAACGUUUUUGGAGGCCCGACAUUUAUGCUAGUUAUGCCGUGCUGAGGAAAUUGGUGCCGCAAGAUUUUGCCGAGAUCAGGUAUUCACCCGAAGUCGAACGAGACGCGUAUCAAGACCCGGCAGUCAAUGCGAUUGCACCAUUGCUGUGGGUUCCACAUGAUGAUAUGGGUGUGUCGAGGCAGGAGUGUUUCCACACGAACAAGGUCGUCCCUAUGACCGACGAAGGGGCGUAUUUCAACGAAAAGGGCAAGAUAGUAUGGAGCGAGGAGGAGACGGGUGGAAGGCCACCGAUUUUCGAAGAAAAGAUUUAUUACUGAUGAGAGGAUUCAAGAGUGGUGGAUUUGAAAGAGCCUCAUGGGAAGUAUGAGUUUGCUGCAAAGCAUGUGUGACUCCUUGUUACCUGGGCGUCAACAGUAGCCCCUCGAGAAGAUGAGCUCGAGCACGAUCAAGACGUUGACAGUAGGGGGUACACUGGGAGCGUCUCUGGUCGUGUCGCUGUCAAUAGACUUUGUUUGAGAGAAAAAAGGAUACCCU